CUUUCCACGCUUUUCAUUUGCAUGUAUCUAAUUAAUUGGGAUUCGUUAUUCCCCACGUUUUAUAAGUAAUACUUUUAUAAGGUAAGGUAAAUUAACGAAAAACAGCUUCAGACAUGGAAGAUCUACAAAAAUUGGAAGAAGAAGCCAAGGCAAGGGCAACAAAAUAUGUGUCAAAUUUGUUGCAACGUCCGGGUCAAUUGGAAAAAAUUGAUAUGUACAAACGUAGAAUAAGUCGAAAGAAAGCUUCCGUUGAAACUAUGCUCAAAACUGCAAUGCAAAGUCAAUUAGAUGGAGUUCGUGUAGGUUUUGAACAACUCCAAAGUUCCUUAGAGAGUAUUGCUUCUAUAAAGCAGGACUUAAAUGACAUUGGUGAGUUGUUUGAACAAGUUCCGGAAUUAAAUGCGAAAUUGCAAGCUGUUCAGGAUGAAAACAUGCGUCAUUCGCAAUACGUUACUGCCAAAGAAAAUUUGAAGCAUACAUUUACGGUACCCGACAGUGUCGAAAAGACUAAACAGUGGAUAAACGAGGGCAAACUUUUGCAUGCUCAUCAGAGCAUCAUGGAUCUUGAAAAUUCAAGAGACGAUUUAUUGUACGAACUUCAUAAACUACCAAAUCAAUCACCAGCUGACACGGUUAUGUUAAAGGCUUAUUUGGAAGACAUUGAAAUGCUUUCGCAGCUAAUGGAAAAACAGAUCAGGUUGGUUCUAAGCCGUACAUUGAACACUGUCAGAAAAGAACCUACAGUAAUUGUAACAGCUUUAAGAAUUAUAGAAAGAGAAGAGAAGGCAGAUCAUUUUGCUAUUCAGAGACAUAAACAAAGUGGAUUUAUGCCACCAGGAAGACCUAAGAAGUGGAAAGAUAUGUCAAUGAAGGUCCUUGAAAAAUCUGUGGCUAAUAGAAUUGAAGGGACUCAUGUUGAAGAAAGAGUAGAUAAUAAAAUGUGGUUAGUUAGAUACUUGGAACUUACAAGGCUUCUAAUUCUGGAAGACUUGAGAGUUGUUAAAACUUUAUGCGAACCCUGUUUUCCACCUUGGUAUAACAUUGUAAGAACUUUUGUUAAAAUGUAUCACACAAGCUUGUCUCAGCAUUUAAAAGACAUAAUUGCCAAUGGUUUAGAAGGAAAUGAAUAUGUUUCGCUAUUGUCAUGGAUCAUGAAUACCUAUACCGGGCCAGAGCUGAUGCAACAUACUGAAUUAAAUAUCGAUACGAGCGAUAUUGGUCCUUUGUUAAGUCCUGAAAUUAUAAAUGACCUACAAGAAAAAUAUUUGAAAAAUAUGUGCCAAAACUACGAGGAUUGGAUGAGAAAGACUUUAGAAACUGAAAAGGUCGACUGGAGGUGCGGAGUAUUGCCGGAAGGAAGUACUCAAGAGGCAUACUAUCACACAGCAGCCCCUGUAAUUAUAUUUCAAAUGAUCGAUCAGAAUCUGCAAGUUACAAAAACUAUCAGCUCCAAUUUAACAGCACAAGCAUUAGUUCUAUGCAUCGAACAAGUUAUCAAAUAUGGAUUUAUGUAUAGGCAAGCAAUGUUAGAAUUUAAAAGUAAACAUUUCGAAGACAGAAGUCAAGUACCAUAUUUUACACAUCACAUGAUCACGGUUGUUAAUAAUUGUUUACAAUUUACGGAAUUAGCGCAACAAAUGAAACAAAUAUAUUGGGUCUCCAAUACCAGUGGAGAUGCUACUGUUAAAUUCGAAAAUUUGCUAUCAAAUUAUCAACAGUUGCGAAAUGAAGCAGCAACCAUAUUACUAGAAGAAUCUUUCUUGGAUUUAGAGUUACACUUUCAAGAUUUAAUUACUCCCAAAUGGUUGUCGUCUCCAAUUCCAGUAGAGACUAUAUGCGUGACACUGGAAGAUUAUUUUCAAGAUUACAACCAUCUCUGUCCAAAGAACUUCGAAUACGUCAUUAUGGAAGCGCAAAAUCUAAUUGCAAAACGUUACAUUUCUGCUAUGAUGCAACGAAAAAUAUCUUUGAAAACGUAUGACGAAUGUUUAACGUGCACUUCGAAAAUAAUGACAGAAGCAGAUAAACUAAAGAACUUUUUUGAUCGAAUUGCUCCGAAAGUCGGAAAUUUCAAUUCUCCGUUCGAAAUAAUCAAACGUCUUGCCGAAGUGUUGCGUUGCGAAGACUCUGAAAUUCUUUCUCUCGAUUUACAUUCGUUGGUUGAGAAAUAUCCAGAUAUGACUGAGGAUCAUUUAGUCAGAUUACUGGGUCUCAGAGGCGAUAUUUCCCGUAGCGAAGCUAGGGAAAAGGUCUCGUAUAUUUUAGAAGCUCAGCGUAAUCGUAAAGCUCCGCAAUCAAUCACGCAUAGUAUAUUCAAGCAAAUAGUUAUACAGGAUAGUUUUCUUAGUUGGAAGCCUUGAAAUUCAAAGACAAGUUUCAAAAUGAUCAAGUUGCAAAUUAGUUUUUUACAUAUCAUCGACGAAGGUGAUGUAGGAGUAGUACAAUGUACUUAAGUGACAAAAUAAUUAGUAUAAGUAAUAUCUGAAUUAGUAAUUAGAAGUAGGUUUGGUAGAUAACAAAUGUUGUAAUUAUACUGUAAAUAAGCGUUUCAAAUCAUUUCUUAUUUAAACUGAAUCAAGGUAAAUUUUAUUUUUUAACCGGGAAAAAAACGUCGACAAAAUAGAACAAAAAGUACUGUCUGCUGGAAUAAAUUUCAAGUUAAAAUACCAAUAACACAAUUUGCUCUAUAUCAUCAAUGGUCAUCAAGAAAACAGGAGGAAACAAAGAUGUUCUUCAGGAAAGGGAAGUUCUCAAAAGUUUUAAAAACAAUGUCGUUUACACGCGUGCACACAUACACACACACUUGUGGUAUAAAUUUGAUAUCAUAAACAAUACAAUAAUCAAUUUACUGCCUUAGCAAUUGAACUGAUCUAAAUAUUUCUUGUAGAUAGAUGGAUUUAUGUAUAGUCAUAGAUGUAUAUAAUUAUCAGUAGAGAUCAACUAAAACAAAAAUAUAAAAAAAGUAAAAUACAAUAAAAACAAUAUGCUUAACCGUUUAUUUACUUCAGAAGCAAAUAAUUAUUAUAGGAAGCAUACAAAAACUGCAGAGGCUUAUGGAAAAUUUUGUAUGUGAUAAUUUGAAAACAAUUUACUUGUAAAACAGGUAAAAAUAGUCAAAUGUGAAUAAUCAGAAUAAUAUUGUUCC